CUUAGAUUGGAAUCGCCUAGUGUGUAUUGUAAAAUUCUUCAAUUAUUAUUUUUACAGAAAUUUCAACCGUUAAUUAAAUAUAUAUUUUACUGGUCAUUCUUCUACUUAAAACCUGAUUCUAUUUAAAUAAAAUGUUAUUAAAUUAUUACGUGUGCACAUUAUUUACUUUAAUAUUUUUAGCUUUUUCGAAUGCAUCUAAAGAAACGUUAGUACUGUUGAACAAUUUAGUGAUCAAAGAAACACAUUCGAUACUUUUUAAAACUCUUAAAGAUAGAGGAUAUCAAUUAACAUUUAAAUCAGCUGACGAUCCUUCUUUAGUGCUUUCUAAGUAUGGAAAAUACUUUUAUGAAAAUUUGAUAAUAUUUGCCCCAAAUGUUCAAGAAUUUGNAUACUUUUAUGAAAAUUUGAUAAUAUUUGCCCCAAAUGUUCAAGAAUUUGGUGGAUCAUUGGGAGUAGAUACCAUUACUGAAUUUAUAGAUAAUGGAGGCAAUGUGUUAUUUACUGGUGGUGCUUCAACUGGAUCUGCUCUCAGAGAACUAGCUGCAGAAUGUGGUUUUGAAGUAACAGAAGAAAACUCACAAUUAAUAGAUCAUUUAAAUUAUGAUGCCAGCGAUCCUGGAAAACAUACUAGAGUGGUUGUAAGUUCUUCAAAUUUGAUUAAGUCUGAAGAAAUUGUAGGGAAACCCAAUAAUAAGGAUUUAUUGUACGAAGGUACUACCAUUAUU